UGUGACACAGUCACAGUCCAAGAUGGCGCUCCCCGUGCGGACUAACUUCAAACAUUUCUUCAGAUUCAUUCAGAAGUUUAACUCUCCGAAAAGAUCUCUCUGCUCCGGAGCCCGCGCGGGAAAUAAGGAGUCUCCAGGAGGUGGCCGUGUGUUCUCGGGGAUCCAGCCAACCGGGGUGCCCCACCUGGGCAACUACCUGGGUGCCCUGGAGAACUGGGUGUCCCUGCAGAACCAGUAUCCUUCAGUGCUCUACAGCAUCGUGGACCUGCACUCCAUCACACAGCCUCAAGACCCGGAACGACUCAGGACCAACAUCCUGGACAUGACAGCCAGCCUGCUGGCCUGCGGCAUCGACCCCGAGAGGGUGAUACUCUUCCAGCAGUCUCAGGUGUCCGAGCACGCUGAGCUCUCCUGGAUCCUCGGCUGUCUGACCAGCAUGCCCCGUCUCCGACAUCUGCCGCAGUGGAAGAUGAAGAGCAAACAAAAAAAUGAAGGCAGUGUUGGUCUCUACACGUAUCCUGUCCUCCAGGCCGCAGAUAUUCUCCUCUACAAGUCCACUCACGUCCCCGUCGGAGAGGAUCAGGUCCAGCAUUUAGAGCUGGCUCAGGAUCUGGCUCGCAUCUUCAACCACCGCUACGGAGACAUGUUCCCUGAACCCGGCGCCCUGCUCAGCUCCACACGAAAGGUCAAAUCCCUCCGUGACCCUACUGCCAAAAUGUCCAAAUCUGACCCCCAGAAACUUGCGACGAUCACCAUCACAGACUCUCCCGAUGACAUCGCGCUCAAGGUCCGCCGUGCCGUCACUGACUUCACCUCAGAGGUCACCUUUGACCCGAAGACGCGGCCCGGCGUGUCUAACCUGGUGACGAUCCACGCUGCCAUGGCGAUGAUCAGCGUGGAGGAGGCGGUGUCCCAGGCCCGAGGGAUGGACACGGGUGCCUAUAAGAACGUCGUCGCUGAGGCUGUGAUUCAGAGGCUGACGCCCAUCAGGGAGGAGAUCGAGAGGCUGAGGUCGGCUGCUCACCUGGAGGGAGUGCUGGCUGAGGGGACUCGCAGGGCUCGAGAACUGGCUGCUCCGGUCCUCAGAGACGUCCGACAGAGAGUGGGGCUCUGCUGAGGGGACACAUUUAGCCUGCAGGCCUUCCCCUCUGCUGCUGAUAUCAGAUUUUAUUCCAAAGACUGUUUACAGCUCCAGGAAAUUAAAGGAAUGUAACUCAUGUGAUCAUGAAAUGUGCUGAAAGCAACAUGGAACAGACUCAGCUGCAGAGUAACAGACUACAGACUGACUGACAGAAAGACAGAUGACCUUUUAUUUAACCUUGUGCAGUUGUCUCGUUGAUGUCGGUGAGGGGGCUGUGUCUUGGUAAUGUUGGUCUGAACGCGGCCAACAUCGUGACUUAUUUAUUUCAUCUUUUGAGUUUUGGCUGUACGUGUUAAAUACCAAACAAACUGU